GCAUAUGAGUCUAGAAAAAUUGACGUUUUGCUUUUUUACGUAAAUAAAAAAUAUGGCUACACAAGGAGUUCGUGGAGUUUCUAGAGUUUUACAAAAGUUGGAAAAAUCGGUAAUAGAUGGAAAAUUUUAUGAAGCACAUCAAAUGUAUAGGACUUUAUAUUUCAGGUAUAUGGGACAAAAAAAAUAUAAAGAAUUAAAAGAUAUGCUAUACAAUGGAGCAGUUUUAUUUCUAGAACGUGAACAGCAACUAAGUGGCUCAGAUUUGGGAAUAUUAUUAAUAGAAGUUUUGGAACAAUCGGAAGACUCUAACUACGAAUUGUGGGCUCCAAAGUUAACGAACAUAUUCCGUCAAAUAAAUAUUUCCACUCCAGAACGUGACACAUUUUUAGCACAUGCAGUUCGUUGGUCGUCUAAAGGAUCAUCUCAUGGACACCCACAAUUACAUAGGAGUGUAGCCUUGGUUUAUUGGGCUGAAAAAAAUUAUUCACAGGCACGUCACCAUUUUAUAUAUUCCCAGGAUGGUAAGAGCUGUGCUAAACUUCUUAUAGAGUUCCACCGUAGUCGAGGAUUUAAAGAAGAAGCUGACUUAUUCAUAGCACAGACUGUAUUCCAAUAUUUAUGUUUAAAAAAUAAGAGUACUGCAAAUCAGACAUUUACAAGUUACACAGAACAUCAUCCUAGAAUACAGGGAUCGGGGCCACCAUACUUGUUUCCUUUGCUCAAUUUUAUAUGGUUCUUGUUACAGGCCAUUGAAACUAAAUCCACAAUCCACACAUUCCUUCUACUAAUCGGAAAAUAUGAACCAUCGCUAAAAAGAGAUCCUGGCUACAUCCAAUACCUCGACAAAAUAGGCCAAAUUUUCUUUGGCAUAAAACCACCACAACAACAAACACAGAACAACUCAUUCUUUGGACACUUAUUCGAAAAUUUGAUUAGUGGUUUAGAUGAAGACAGUGAUGAAGAAGCCCCACAGGCGUCCACUUCAGGUACAUCUACAAACAAAACGAUGGUAGAAAAUGAUAAUUUGGACUAGUAAAUUAAGGGGAGUGUGUUCUUACAAAAGUUGUUGACAGUUUAAUUUUUAAAAAUUAAUAUAUUUAUUUGAGUUGCUCUUAA